CCGUCCUACACAAGGUCGGAUAGCCCCCGGACCAAGACGCCUGACCCAAGUACACAUUUACCGGGGAGGGGAUGUUGAUGGAGGAGCCAGGGAGAGAAACAGAGAGUGAGCGAGAGAGAGAGAGAGCGAGAGAGAGAGUAGAAUAUCAUUUGUGCGUCCCUCUGUCUGUGCUGCAGAGAGAGGCUGCCAACACACGCCUGCAGGUGAGGGGACAGGUUGCUGCAUCCACUGAAGGAUCCAACCAACCCUUUCUAAAAACUCCCCCCACAUAAAGGAUUUACUAUUUUUAAUGUUUGCUGCUUUUAUUUUUUCGCACAAAGAUCGUUUAGUGGAGCUGCGUUGCACCAGGAAAGAGAACUAAUGUGCGCGUUGCUCUCCAAAGUGAUUUGCAGGACGAGAGCAGAAGAGACUCUCUUUCUUCCACAUUGGAGUGUGUAACUUGCGUGGGCACAUCACGGCAAAGAGGAUAUACUGGCAAAAACGGGGAAAGGAGGGCUUCUGCGGAGAGAGAAAACGUGAGUGACAAGAGACGAUGUGGACUUCUUGUACUUUCUGCUGGCGCUUUUUACGCGCAUGAAAAUUAUAUUGUGGUGCACUUUGAGAGAUUUUUUUUUUUUACAAGCAACACUGAGGCGUCAUUUAAAUUCAUAAGAGGAGAGAGAGAGUGGGGGGGACUUGCUGCCAUCCACUGCAGCAAGAGCGAUGUAGAAGUCUCACACUUGACGCUCCUCUCCUCCUGAAAGCAGCAUUUUAUUCCAGCAUUUUUUAAAUUUAUUGUUAUUAUUUUCAAAUUAUUGUUAGAUUUUUGUGGACACUUUCAGAAGGGAACAAUGAGGACUACUGGUGCAGUGGACUAUUUGUACUAUUGCAUGCUCAUUCUACAGUUCGUGCAUCAGCCCGCUGCCAAGCAAGUGCUCCGGUACCGUUUAGCAGAGGAGGGACCCCCGGACGUGAGGGUGGGCAACGUGGCCGCAGACCUGGGCAUCGUUGCCGGGUCCGGCGAGGUGACUUUCACGCUUGAGUCAGGCUCUGAUUUUUUCAAAAUAGACAACAUCACAGGUGAGCUCACCACCAACGAGAGACGGAUAGAUCGUGAAAAACUACAACAGUGCCAAAUGAUAUUUGAUGAGAACGAGUGCUUUAUAGAUUUUGAGGUAUCAGUGAUCGGCCCAGCCCAGAGCUGGGUUGAUCUCUUUGAGGGAAAAGUCAUCAUUCUAGAUAUAAAUGAUAACACUCCGUCUUUCCCUUCACCUGUCCUGACUCUAUCUGUGGAGGAAAACAGACCCAUUGGAACCCUUUAUUUGCUGCCCACAGCCACAGACAGAGAUUUUGGCAGGAAUGGAAUAGAGAGGUAUGAGCUCAUUCAGGACAACGGGGAGAACUCAAGGCGCUCCUCCGGGGAUUCAUACUCUGGGAAGAGGAGGUUUGAGGAGGGCGCAAGCAGGAGUAGUGUCUUUGAGCUGCAAGUUGCAGACACCACUGAUGGAGAGAAGCAGCCACAGCUCAUCAUCAAGGGGGCGCUUGAUCGGGAACAGAGAGACUCCUAUGAGCUCACAUUACGCGUGAGGGACGGAGGCGAUCCUCCACGGUCCUCGCAGGCCAUCCUGCGGGUGAUGAUCACUGAUGUGAAUGACAACAGUCCCCGGUUUGAGAAGAGCGUGUAUGAGGCAGACCUACUGGAGAACAGUUCCCCUGGCACCCCCAUCCUGCAGCUCAAGGCAGCCGACGCAGACGUGGGGGUAAAUGGUCAAAUAGAGUAUGUGUUCGGGGCAGCCACAGAGUCUGUGAGGAGGCUGCUGCGGUUGGACGAGAGCACGGGGUGGCUAAGUGUAUUGCACCGCAUAGACAGGGAAGAAGUGAGCCAACUGAGGUUCACAGUAAUGGCACGUGACCGAGGCCAACCUCCAAAAAUGGACAAGGCCACAGUGGUGCUCAACAUCAAGGAUGAGAACGACAACGUCCCCGCAAUUGAGAUACGUAAAAUUGGACGUAUUUUUCUGAAAGAUGGAGUUGCAAACGUGGCUGAGGAUGUAGUGGUGGACACGCCCAUCGCCCUGGUUCAGGUGUCAGAUCGCGACCAGGGCGAGAACGGCAUUGUGACCUGCACAGUGGUGGGCGACGUUCCCUUCCAGCUCAAGCCAGCGAGCGAGAUGGAGGGCGAGCAGAACAAAAAGAAAUAUUUCCUUCAUACAUCAGCACCGUUGGACUAUGAGGCCAUGCAGGAAUACAACGUGGUCAUCGUGGCUGUGGACUCAGGAAGCCCUAGUCUGGCCAGUAAUAACUCUCUGAUGGUCAAAGUGGGGGACACAAAUGACAACGCUCCCAUCUUUAACCUCAAUGUAGUAGAGGUGUCAUUCCCAGAGAACAAUGCUCCUGGUGAGAGGGUGACAACAGUGGCAGCCAUUGAUGCAGACAGUGCGAAGAACGCUGAAAUAUCCUAUUCCCUCGACUCCUCUGUAAAUGGGAUUUUCUCUAUUGAUGCAGACAGUGGAGACAUCCGAGUAAACACCAUCCUGGAUCGAGAGCAAACUGAGCGCUACGAAUUUAAAGUGAUAGCCAAAGAUAAGGGCAUAAACACCUUACAGGGUUCCGCAACAGUGGUCGUCCUUGUGGCAGACAAAAAUGACAACGAGCCAAAGUUCAUGCAAGAUGUGUUUACCUUCUAUGUCAAAGAGAACCUCGAGCCAAACAGCCCAGUAGGCAUGGUUACAGUCAUUGAUGUAGAUAAAGGCCAAAAUGCACAAAUGAGUCUUUUUAUUGAGGAGGAGGAAGACAUCUUUUCCAUUGAAAAUGACACUGGGACUAUUUUCUCAACAUUGUCCUUUGACAGGGAGCAGAAAACCACAUACACCUUCCGUGUGAAAGCAGUAGAUGGAGGUGACCCGCCCAGGUCAGCUACUGCCACCGUGUCACUGUUUGUUAUGGAUGAUAAUGACAAUGCACCGACUGUCACCUUCCCAAUAAACAGCUCCUACACUCUUCUCCCGCCCUCCAGCAACAUCAGAACAGUAGUGAGGACGGUUAUAGCCACCGACACAGACACUGGCAUCAACGCGGACCUCAACUACAGCAUUAUUGGUGGGAACCCCUUCAAGCUGUUUGAGAUUGAUGGGGGCACUGGUGUCAUUUCACUGGUGGGGAAGCUGGAGCAGAAGCACUAUGGACUGCACCGGCUAGUGGUCCAGGUGAAUGACAGUGGGCAGCCUUCCCAGAGCACUACAACGCUUGUUCAUGUCUAUGUUAAUGAGACUCUUUCCAAUUCCACUGUGGUCGAGGCGCAGGUGGCAAAGAGCCUGAGCACGUCUCUCAAUACAAACAUCGCCGGUGACCCCAAUUACGACCUCAGCAAACAGCGUCUGAGCAUUGUCAUUGGAGUCGUUUCAGGAAUCAUGACAGUCAUCCUCAUUAUCCUGGUGGUUGUCAUGGCCCGCUACUGUCGGCCCAAGAACAAGAAUGGCUAUGAGGCCGGCAAGAAGGACCACGAAGAUUUCUUCACGCCGCAGCAGCACGACAAGUCCAAGAAGCCCAAGAAAGACAAGAAGAAGCAGAAGUCCAAGCAGCCGCUCUACAGCAGCAUCGUUACAGUGGAGGCCUCUAAGCCCAAUGGUCAGCGCUACGAUGGCGUCAACGAGAAGCUGUCAGACAGCCCCGGCAUGGGCCGCUACCGCUCGGUCAAUGGAGGGCCUGGCAGCCCUGAUCUGGCUCGACACUACAAGUCCAGCUCACCGCUCCCCACCGUGCAGCUUCACCCGCAGUCCCCAACGGCUGGCAAAAAGCACCAGGCGGUUCAGGACCUGCCCCCAGCCAAUACAUUUGUUGGCACCGGAGAUAACAUUUCGCUGGGAUCGGACCACUGCUCCGACUACAGCAGUCAGACCAUCAACAAGUACAACAAACAGGCACGAGUUUGGCAUAGGGCCGCUUUGCGCCGACUCCAGGCACCGUCGCCGCCAUGCUUCCUGAUGACACCCAGAGCCAUGUCACAACAAGCUAACGUUAGCGCCAGCCUCGGGCUCGUUGCAACCUGACAGUAGCGGGCCACUGGUCAGAUGUGAUGCUGCCAGAGCGGUGACUGAUCCCCCAACGUGACACCUGUAUACCUGCCCUCAUGCCAAGAGUGUGGAAUCGGAGUUGAUGGCUGGCUGACAUGUAAGAUGACAUGACAAUGGCAAAGGCAUGACACACAUACUCGCAGACGACAGACGAGUGGCACUUGCACGCCUGGCUGCGUAAAGUGUGCGCUCGCCACGCCGGACGGGAGAAGAAACAGACAGAAAGAAUGUAUUCUGUGCUUAUAUUCAAAAUUCACCAGACCGUGAGUGGAAACACAACACAAAGAGUGUCAAACUUGAGGGCCUCGCCCAGACCCAUUUAGGCCAUCCACCCCCUCCCUCCACUAGCAUGCCUUACCAAACUAAUAAACACUUUGGUCUAAGCCUGUGGUGAUGUUCAAACGCAUCCCCUAAGAAUUGUAUCUUUGUUACACCAGUGACCCAAUCCGCCUCUUGAAGAUCAAUUAAAAGUUUAGCCCAGACUUUAAGAAAGUAACCGUGUGAUCUUUUUUUCCCUGUUUUUUCCCUUCCUCCUUGUCUCUCCGGCUGUGCGCAUGGGGUGCAUGCUAAUAGGAAAGUGGUAGCCAUGGCACUUUUCCAAAGACAUUCCAAACACAGUGGGAAAAGAAAAGACUUGAAGGGUGAUGAAGGAAUGAAAAAAAAAAUCCCGUCAUGUAUUUCCUUUUCAUUCAGAACUUUGGAAUCCUUCCUUCUUCUUCAAUACCCACUUCCCCUUUUGCCAUCCAAUGAGAGGACUAAAAGCAGCUCCCAAUAGAGAGCUUUUGUGCCUUGAGAUGCCAUUGUGGGUCAUAUUCUUCAACAUAAAGCCGAGGCACACAAGAGUCCAUGUUUUGGCUUUCCUGUGGGUCCUCUGCCAAACUAAUGCAAUAACGGUCCUGUAAAGAUUUAAGAGAGCCAAGCGGAACGUGUUCAACUGUUUAUUGCACUGGCAAAUCAUAAAAUAGCCACUUGAUAAAACAGAAGAGUGAAAUGACUCUCAGAGAAUAAAAAAGGGAAGGCUUACAAUAUGACUAACACGGGUGUUGCCCAUAAAGCUUUGUACCCAUGGCAUGAAUGAGCUCACAGUUCCUGGUCAUAACUUUAACAGGCUCCAGCAUUUGAUCCAUCACUCUAAUCUCGCUUUCUUUAAUCUUUGAGCACACUGAAAUGUGCUGUACAAAUAAAAUGUAUUAUUAAUCUAAGAAGAUUAGACUAUUUUAUGUAUGUUUUAGGCUGUGGGUGUCCUUGUUUGCCUGGUUGUGUAAAAAUACUUGAUAUAAUUUACUUUUCCAGGCUAAGAAGAGUCAGAAGUUUUUUUUUUUUUUUCUUUUCUUUGUUGAUUCUGAAGAUAACGUUGGGAAAUUCAGGCACUGAACUUGCAAAAGUUGUUUUUCUUUCUUUUCUCUUUUGGGGAGUCUUGGGUGUUCUUUGGAAACGUUAGCCUGGUUUCAUCUCUUCAUCCUGCCUUUCCUUAUGGGAGGAAUGUGUGUGCGGAGGAGGAGUAGAGCACGGAGAAGACAGGCAAGGAAGUGAGGACGAGCGCUGGAGCUUGACGGGGGCCAAAGCUAUCAGUCAGGCAAGAAGACGAUACCUUUGACUCUGUGGGUGUUUGUUUUGAGGAAGCUGCCCAAUUCAUUGCCAACAUUCCAGUUCCUUAUUGAAAUUCCCCCUGGUCACUCGCAAAGGCUGGACUCAGACCAUCCACAAUAGAGCACUUGUUUUUUUGACAGUAUCACUAUUGUCAUGCUUUGAAGUGCCGUGUAAUCAACAGAGAUGAACCGAAUAAGAACCAGAAUCCACCCUGAUCAGGUUGCCAUUGAUUACUCCCUCGGAUAUUCACCUUGAGGGCAUUUGUCUCAUCUAUCACUCCAGUGUGUCUGAUUGUUUGAAUUCAUACGAGUGGAAUUACAGCAGGCUUUAUCUGAGCUGUGCUAAGCAAGCAGUCACCAUUGGGAUAAAUGUUGAUACUUGACACUCUCUGCAUGUCUCAGGUAGCCUUUGCCUUGUUGGCCAUUAAAAAUGAAACAAGGCUUCUUAAUGUCAGACUUGCUUGCUGACUAGCACUUUUAUUAGUCAAGCCCGACUCGCUCCUCCAAUUCUUUGGCCUCCCCGACUGUUGAAAUGGCCUAUUAAUCACUCCUUCCAUGUUGUAUACCUUCCGUCUUUCUUGCUCGGCUGCAAAAGGAUAUUGCAGUUUUUUUUUGCUCCCCGAGCUCAGGGUCUGGGCCCGCAAUGUUUGCCCCCGUGGCUCCCGGAGCAUCUAGAGCAUAAAAACAUUAUAUUCCACAUCUUCACAUGAUAUAUCAAUGUGUUUUGACCGAAGUGUCACACUAAUGCCAAAAAACGCUUGAACCCUUUGUCGGCAUUGAAGAGCAAAAACAAAGAUAUCCCCAACCUGCUGACAGCAACCAAAUAUAUAGCUCAGUGGCGAAGGAAAUGAAAGUCCAAUCCAAGAGGUCACACAUUAUAAGACAUGAGAGGUAUGUUAUGUUUUUGUUGGCUCAACCUGCACUCGAGUCACAAAAGCCAUGUGUUUUUUCUUUCCCAGACAGGAAAUAGGCCAGGUUAAGCCACGCUGGAGUGCUUCGAAGAAAAACCUGUGGCUGUUUGCGUUGUUCGUCUUUUAGGAUGACGGCUUUGUUCAAUCACCCGUGGCUGUCACAGCUGGCUUUCAAUCACAGGCACACCCCCAAAAGAGUCUGCUGCUUUGCCCCCUAAGAGGGGUCCCAGCAUCUGGUAAAGAUAAAGCAAACUAGUGCUAACCUGUAAUGAAAGUCGUGCACUAAAAGCCUCCUCACUACCCUCGUGCAGAGCACAGCAUGGGGUUAAGCCAUGCAAUAUGUGUGGCUUUGUGAUGGUUUCGGCGUACAAACGGAGCAAUUUGAUGAGGUUUUGAUCUUUUUUUCAGCUUUAAAUUCAUUCUUGACAAAUCUUCCAUCAGAAAUUGUAAUCUCUUUGCGUUAGGGGCUAACACAAUUUAGGGGAUACCUCUUAAUAGAGGUCAACAAUAUUCUACUACAAACUAGAGCAGUGGUUAAGCAUAAAACACUUCUAAAACACCUUUACCAACUGGAUUUGUGUAUGUCGCGUUGAUUGGCAGGAGUGUGAACUUUAAGGGCAGGAAGUAGAAGGAGCACGGUGGGAGGGCAUGUGCUCGGUCAGCCUUUACAAAUGCACAGGGCCCGAAAAGAGCUUGUAUCUCUGCCAUUGCCAUUUUCACUGUAACACUGAUAGGCAGCUUAUUUUUAUAUUUAUCGGAUAGAAUUCCAUGCUUUGGUAUUGAUACUGUACACUGUCGAUGCCCCAUAAAAAAUAAAAAAAUAAAAAAAACAUGUCCAUUGUUGAUUUUGACUUGAAAAUAGAAAAGAAAAAGUUUGAGAAUGAAAGGAGCAAAGGUCGCUUUGCAGAUGGUGAAUGCUGCAAAUCUUGAUCCAAAGCCUGCGGGCAAUGAGCUCCAUAUCUGGCCUGCAAACAAAUUAGCUUUCCUCCCUCCAUAUUUCUUCUAUCAUAUUCCUCUGCUUACCCAUUGAAAGUGGAACGGGAAGUCAGAUGAAUAAAAUCUGCUUGUUGAUUCAAAUUUAAAACUUCCUUCCCAUCGACUAACUAAGGUUUCCCUUGACACACAUUUUCUGGGGUGCUUUUUUUUUUCUUUGCCAGGAAUUCAUAAGGCAACAUUUAUUACAUUUGCAUCAUUGGAUAACUAUUUCCUAGGCAGUGCAACACCUCACACCAGUAAGUGUUUGGGUGCAGAAACACACAACCAGCAAACAAACAAAAAACAAUAUUUAACAUUUCAACAUGGCCUCAAGUGUUAUUACACUCACAGAGCCGUUUUCCUUCUGGGUCCAUGAUUUUAAUUAUACAACAAAUGUUUGGCUAUUGGAGUGAAAUUUGCAUGAAUAUUUAUACCGAUUCAUUUGUUGAGUGUUGAUUGUAAUUACACGGAAACAUGAUUUAUUGCCAGGAUUGCAGUGUUAGCCAGCCAACCAGAGAACCGAGUGGAAGUAAAUAAAUAAAUGCAAAUUUCCACUCAAACAGAAGAAGAAAUACUUUUUUUUUUCCACUUUUCUCGGUGGUUUGGGUAAAUGUCAUUAUCGGCAAACAAACAAUCUUUUACGGUGCAAAGAUUCAGACUUGUUUGAGUGUUUCUUGGAGCAAAAACAAACAACUUUCCAUAGGCGGCCUGUCUUUCCAAAUCAACGUGUUGUCACUUUGCUUCCUCUUCACAACACUUCAUCCUGUCCACACCGAAACGUUUUCAAGUUGAAACGGUAAAGUGUUACAUAGUUUCAGCCCUCCAUCCACACAGCAUGCCCUGAAGCGGUAUUUUUUUAAAAACGGCUUCCAGAAUGGGACAGUCAUAUAACGGCGGCUUGUCGUUGCCAUGUAAACGAGCGAAUCACUGUGUUCUUAAAACGAUGACGUCACCACCCCGUCGCCAGAAGUGAGCAGUUGCGCACUGCUGCCGAAAAGCCAUCGUAAUAUUAUAAUUCUGAUAUUUUGUUUGUCUUAUACUCUAAUGUGACUCGCAGAAGUAAUUCCACUUCAUUGUGAAUCCAGACUAGCCGGAAAAGUGUAACAUGUGGGUGUGCUUUAUGUAUUACAUCACGGCAGGAAAUACAUGACUAAACCAAGCGAGACAGCAGGAGAACAACUAGACAGACACUGAGGGAGAAAUGAGUGAGUAAUGAGCUUUUAACAUAGUUCAUGGAGCAUAAUCAAAAGAAGAGAAUGUCAGGAAGAGGAUGAGGUCCGGCGAGGACCUAGCAACAGGAGCAAGCCCGCACUAUGUUUGUAUCUAAUUAAUGAAUUGCAUUAGCCACUUGUAAAGCCAUUUAUUAUGAUAAUGGCAACAGCCUUCUCCUUCGUUCUGUAGCUCACGUGUAAAUCUGUCUUUCACCGCCCUCCACCUUGCUGCCUGACGUUACUUUUGUGCAGCACUUUGACAGGGAUUGAGAGCUGCAGCGCAUGGAAGGGAAAAGAGAGUGAUACAGUGGAAAAAAGAGGCUUCUACUUUAAUGAAAUGCUCUUACUGCUUAACUCACUGACACUGCUCAAUAACGCCUUCGAUCAAGCUCCACGUAUUGACAGCGCGAGCCCGCAGCUCCUUUUGGCAAAGCCUCAGCUGGAUUGGAACGCUCUUACCGUUACCGCUGCACAACGUGCAUCGCCCGCUCACGCUCUCCGUCUUUCCCUCCUGACUAGUAUCUGUUCAUGCAUCUCCGAGAGUUAAAAGUUAUUAAACUUGUUUGCUACUGUGGGAGACAGCCUCAGUAAUUAUGCCCUUAAAGAUGCCAUAUUAUAAUAUUUUCCCCGAAUUUAAAUUUAAUUUAGGGCUGUAUUUUAAGUGUGUUGUCCAAAUCUAGACAGUUUAAAGGUGUUUUUAUUAAGCCAUAGUGGGAACAUGCUGUGCCGUGUGUCUGUAGCUUUAAUGCUAAUCAGCUGUUUUUGUCCACACCUGUCUCCAACAGAGCGUGUGUCUCCAAAAAGCACUAUUGUACACUUUAAUCACAUUUUACACUUGUCAAACAUAAUAGAUGCCAAAUAUCACAUGCAACAAUGUAACAUUUAAGGAAACGGCACAUUUUUGGGGAAUUUUGGCCAUCAACCACAAUCCUUAUGUAUGGCAUGAACACACAUGCCUUUCUCUCUUUUGUGUGUUUUUCUCUUGUGUGUGACAUAAAAACAGAUAUAAAGAGCCAUGAAUGCACGUAAUGGGACACACCUAUUCCGCCUACUGUAUAAAGCCUUCUGAAAAAAUUCCAAACGCUCCAUUUACUUGUAAAGUAAAGUACUUGUACUUGUACUCCAUUUAAUGUAACCUGCAUAUUAACCAAGCUACAGCGUCAUCAUCAUUAUUAUUAUUAAUAUUGUUAAGGACUACAUUACUGGCAUAUGUGGUACCUUGCCGCACCAAACUGGCUAGCUACUAUCCGGCUAACGACGAGCUGUGUUUUUGUUUUUGGGUUUGGAAAAGUUAACGCUAGGUGUAGCGUUUGUUUCGAUGUUGCCAUGUGAAAUAAACAUAAAACAGAAACACGUGUGUUCAUGUCUCACAUAAGGAUUGUGAGAAGGAUGGGCAAAAUUGCAAACAAAGUGCAGUUUGUCUUUAAGGAGUGGGACAGGAGGACACAGCACUAGCAUAACUAUGUGAGCUACGAAGCCAACAUUACAGUCACAUUUUGACAGCAACCUCAUGCUCGGUUAGCCUAUUUGCUGGAGAAAAGCACAGUGAUCUAACAUACAGCUCCCAUGUCUGUCGCUGACUGAAGGAUAGUUGCCAAAGGUCCAGGCUUUAUUUUAGGAUGUGUAGCAAAGCCUAUCUGGAACUGGAAAAGCAACCGUUUGAGCGCCUCUUUGUUCAAAAAUGGAGCAAACAAGUGAGGGAUAUGAUACAUGUUUCAGAAACAUGCUCUAGGGACACAUUACUGCAAGAACAUGAUUAAAAAGUCACUUUUGCAUAAAAGGGGACUUUUCAACACGAUCUAGCUCUUCCAACUACUUUGGAAUCCACGCAAAAAGCCACCCCCACCUGUCUGCUUUUCCUGACCUAAAUCCCUUCGCCUAAAAUUCUAAGGAUGGAGCUCCCUUCUAAACAAACAAUUAAGUAAGUUUCAAACUAAAAUCGUCCCUUUUAUAGUGACCCCCGGCCAUUU